UCUGACAGAAGUUACUGGUUUUCAAAAGGUAGAGGCAGAAAUUACAUGGAAACUGGAAGCUGGGUCAAAUACAGAAAGAAGGGAUAUUUUUGAAAUCAGACUCAACAUCCUAUUAUUUUGAAAAUCAAGCACACAGCAUAAGAACCAAGGAUCAGUAAGCUGUAAGAGGAAAGGCAACUCGUAGUGCUGUUUUGCAAGGUUCUUAAGUUCCUGCAACUGAUCACUUCAGAAUUAAAACACUUAAAAUUUGGAAGUGGUUUUCAAGCGACACAGCUAUGGACUCGUAGAAUGGAAGAACAACUGCUGCCUAUCCUUGGCUGGCUGCUGACCACAAUACUUUUUCUAAAGGAAGGAGUUUUUCUCACACAAGCAGUGAAUGUUACAGAUUCUACACCAUCAAGGAAGCCUGAUAACUCAUCAUCUACAACUUCGCCACCUAGCCAAGUAAACAUAGCAGCCAUUGUGGCUCCAUGUGUCAUUGUUGGGGUGAUAGUUCUUGCUGCCAUUCUGACUUUUCUAAUCCUAAGACUGCGUGAGAAACGCAAGACUGAAGGGAACUACAGCCCAAGCAACCAGGAACAAACAGGAGCUCAAAUGGAAAUGAACAAUGCUCUUAAACUACCACCAGAAGAGCGCCUGAUUUGAUGUGUUGAAGCUUUGGGAUACAAUCUUGGGGGUUAAUGGUGGACGAUGUCAACACACCCCAGGUAUUCCCUAUGCUACUCAACGAUUGGAGAUAAAAAAAAUCUGUCACAAAGCUGUGGAACUCAAAGAGUGUGUGUGUGCGCGUGCAUUAUUUCUUCAAAACAAGGCAGCUUCACAGCUAAUCCAGUGUGAGUUAUCCCUAAAUGUUUAAUUGUUUUCGCUCUUGUCAGCAGGAAGCUUGGACGUC